GGCUUGAUUUUCCCUACCAAAUGGUGAAUACAGCAAUUCUAAGGCCUGAAAGAUCAUUAUAUGUUGGUAUAAAGGAAACAUACUUAUUAACGCUACGAAAUUUGACCUGUAAGCCUGUGUCUUAUGCCUGGGGACUACCGCCAGAGAAAGAUGGGUGUAGAAUGAAAGUAUAUUUCAAUCCCAAGGAGGGUUUGAUUCCUCCAACUGAUGUAGCUACGAUCGAAGUGAUCUGUUUGCCGACAAACACUGGGAUAAUUGAGGGUUUGUAUAUCCCAUGUUUUGUCGGGGGUAGCCAAGAUCCCAUUAUGCUGGGAAUUCAAUGUACUAUUGAUGCCUUGAAUGUUACCUUUCUUUUUUUACCACCGCCGAACGCCAUGCCAUCUCCAUGUGUUGAUUCAAUACGUGUUGAGUGGCACAAGUCUGGUCAUUCAUCUGCACUUAAUCUAAACAACUUGAAGAUGACUCGACAUUCCAAACUUGAAGAGGAACAGGAAUUGAAGAACAUAAAUUUGGAUGCUGGACAGGUAAUCGCAACUACUGCGGUCGGUCCAGAGGAUGUGAAUAUCGACAAUACAUCACUAGUCUCAUCCAUUAAAAAUCAAUCUUCACCGAAACAAAAACUUUAUAAAAAUGAGGUUGCUGAAGAACAAAACAAAUUUGUCAAGGAAACGAAACUUGAAAGUAGCGUCACAUUAGAUACUGAAUCCGAUAAUGAAGAUCUAUAUGAACCACGGAGCUGGGAAAGCUUGUUGAAAGGCAUCGUUUGGACAGUCGACAGGCCUGAUGAAUUUAUUUCUCUACCUAAACCACAACCCGUAGUCCCUUUUUAUAAAACAGUUGUUCCUCCCGUUAUGCAACCUUUGGCAAUUGAAUUUACUAACUUGCCUUUACGAACAGUGGAGAAAAGAACAUUUGUAAUUCGGAAUGAAACUCCAGCUGAAUCAACAUUUUCUAUAUCUUCAAAACAAUUUGGCCCUAUUAAGUAUACGAAAGAAUUGGAACCAGAGGAUGUAAUUAAUUCUACAUAUGCCACUGUGAUGGGGCAUAAAACAAAGACUUAUUGGGAAAAAAUUAAGCCACCAGUCCAAGGUGUUGUUUUGGUAAUAGAACCUACGAAUGGUUCUCUUGCUCGUUACGAAACAGUUUCUGUCGACAUUUAUGUCUACGCUGACACUUGGGGCGUUUACAUUGACGAAAUCGCAGUAUCCAUUGCUGGCUUGCCUGAUUACAUCUUUGGUGUUUGUAUUGAAGUUAUUGGAUCACCUGUAACAUAUCCUAUCUGCAAAAAUGGGAUACAUGAGAUACCGACAAUGAGAUUUGGGACUGUAAAUUUUGGCACAGAGAAAGUAACACGAAAAAUAAUAAUCGAAAAUACAAGCACUGUAAUGCUCGCUAUAAAUUGGCAGAGUUAUGUGAUUGACUCUGAGGUGACCGAGAAUUCUAUACCUUUCAACAUCACCUUGCAAAUGUUUACCCCACUUGCAAAUGAAAUGUCCAAUGCAACGUGUACGGACUUGAUAAGGACUUCCGAUUUGGCGAUAGAAGAGUCACAACAAGAUAUACCGAAUUACAGCAAGUGUGAUAGUCUCAGAAGUUCGGUGACAGUUGAAAGUAACUUAUUUCAAUCUCAAGAUGAAAUCCCUUGGACUCGAGCUUCGUACGUAUUCAAAUCUUCUGACUUGACAGCUGUUCCAAACGUUUCAUGCUCAUCCCGGUACAAAUGCUGUUAUGAAAGCCAUGCAUCACGUAAUGAGGCUUUGUGUCAGAAUACCGACAGUAAUGUGGAAAUUAGUGUUGGAAUAAAUAAUUCUAAUGAGGAUUCUGUGGAGUACAUUACUGAAACUGAACUAACAACAAUCAACUGGAGUGAACAAACUGUUGCGAGAGAAACUGAUAUAGAAAUUGCCAUGACACCUUACUACGGAACCCCGGACUAUUGUAUGUUCAGAGUAACUCCACCAGAACUAGUUAUACCAGUUAAGGGGAAACAGUCUUUAGAAAUUACUCUGAAUAUUGGUCAACUUCCUAUACAAAAUGGUGCGAGUGAAGUUCGUGGCCGUCUUGUGGGAUUCAUACGAAUUGCACCUAUGCACAAGUACAAAGCAGAUUGUUACUCCCGUAAUGACGGUAUAAUGCUCACACCUACUGAAAUAAAGCUGGAAGCUAAUAUUCUGCAACCAGUACCAACACACGAAGAUUCCCUCAGUGAUGGAAAUUUCAACAUUUUUGAGAAUUGA